ACUCACCGGCAGUGUGUUAGUGAAUUAGAAAAGUAAGAUGUUUCAGUGCUUUGCUAGUGCAGUUUGGCAAAUCUUCAAAUAUUAAUAAAUAAAAUUUGAAUACGAAUGUGAAAAUAAAAAAGGGGAAUUAAUACGUAUUCUUGAGAAAUUUGCCAUAAAACAAAUUAAGAAAUGAAAUUCUCUCUACCACUUUUGCUAACCUUUUGCUUUGCAUACAAAGAGACGCUAGCCAUUAUUUUCAGCCAAAUGGAUCUAAAAAGUCUCUUAACCAGCGGAGCUUUGGAUUUAAAUGUGUUACGAUGUUUCCUUCACAAUAAGAAUAUCUGUCCAAGCCCGUUUAUAAUGUAUCGUUUAUAUGCUCCGAAUUCAUCUCGUCAUGGAAUUGCUCUGAAUAUACAUAAUCCAUUAACUCUAUUCAAAGGUGGUUUUAAUCGUCAUCGGGAAACAGCAUUUAUUGUGCAUGGUUUCAAUGGCACCGCGGUCGACGUGCAUUUGCAAUUUUUAAAAGAUGCAUACCUAUCUCGUGACUUUAAUGUUAUCACUGUGGAUUGGCGGCCAUUAACGCGUUAUCCAUGCUACUUACAUUCUUUAAUUAACACCCGCUUGACAGCCCAAUGCACUGCGCAGGUUUAUUCUUUUCUCACGCACCAUGGGGCCAUUCGUGAAAAAAUUACAUGCAUUGGCCAUUCCCUUGGUGCGCACAUAUGCGGAAUGAUUUCUAAUCAUUUAUCGAUAAAACAACAUCGUAUUAUCGGUCUUGAUCCAGCCCGUCCACUUAUUGAACGUAAAAAGAAUCACAUCUUCCGAUUAUCCAUAGAUGAUGCGAGUGUUAUUCAAGUGAUUCACACUAAUGCGGGCUUCUUGGGUCAGGAAGAGAAUAUAGGUCAUCUGAACUACUGUGUUAAUGGUGGGAGAUUUCAACCAUUUUGUAAAGGAAAUCCUAUAAGACGAUCCCGUUGUUCGCAUUUCUUAAGUAUUUGCUUCCUCGCCAGUGCUAUGUUCAAACACAAAAAGUUUGUUGGUGUUUCCUGCCCAAAUGGCUGUGUGGAAGGGUCUAAACGUUUACCAGUUAGUGGGAAAAAUCCUUUUGCACUUGUCAUACAAACAAAUGAAUAUAAUAUAGGCAAUGAUGCUCCAGAUGACGCCAGAGGUUGUUUCUGUAUCGAUAUGCCUUUUGUGAAACAUUGUCCAUUCAAUGAUUGAAAAUCGGUCUGCAAAUAUACAUACAUACAUAUAAGAGUAGUUUGAGAUAAUUAAGUUAACAGUAGUUGGUAUAAUCAUACAAUAAGAAUAAUUUUGUGCGAAAGUAAGAUUUGAU